AUGAUGUUGAGGGUGAUAAUUCGUUCUGCAAGCAGUGCAAUCGAUGCUCCAUUCUUGGAGGCUCGCUGCAUUGUAGAUUCUGGCGCUGGUCGUCCGUAUAUAUUAGUUUCUAGUGUAGAAGAUGCUAUAAAAGCUCUCGAAGCUAUUGGUUGCACGAUGAGCUGUAGUAAUAGUACUUCUCUAGUGGCUCUUGCUAACGGCCACAAAGUAACCAUUCAUCACGAGAUCGAGUGUGAUGUAGCUGUUUAUGGUUAUAAGUGUAACACAGUGGUAUCCGACUUUGUCAAUUGCGAUCUGAGAGUGCUUCCAUCGCCGGGUGUGGUAGGCUGCGGCCAGCUAUUAAUCCUAGCGGGUCGUCAGCUAAUCGAGGGUUGGGGGCUAGAGAUGAAGGGUGCGACAUAUAUGCAUGUUAAGGGACAAUGUGUUUAUCGACAUAGUGAUCAAGCUGUCAAUGAUAUAGACUCUGUGGCUCGGAUUACCGAUGUUGAUAUUGACGCUUUGCGUCAUACCGGUGACAGUGACAACAAGGGUCCUACCCUUGCUACCCAGGGAUGUGUGGAGAUUUCGUCAAUCGUUCCCACUAAGUCUGACCAGAUUCUUCGUGCAGAUCUUCGAGGGCACGAGGCAGACAUAAUUGAUGAGAUUCUCAAUCGGGUAGUCCAAGAAGGGUGGAAGAUUAUACCAAAAACGAAUGGAGCCUACAAAAGCAGAGUCCGAUCACUCGUCCCAUGUGAAGUCAUUGACGUCCCUCAGCAGACUCAUGUAUGUGAAGUCUGGGUACCCUCCCCCAAAAAGACUGAGCAGAAAGGGCGCCA